AGCUUGCUAUAUUAGCCCAGUCAUGCGGCCACCGCGCCGCAUUCCACUACGAGCCGUCAUGGAAUAAACCACGUUUGGUUCUGCUCACGCCUCUUCCUUCGGCUGCGGUUUUCACCCCGUGAAAACACUACAUUGGCGACGAGGAUGGGAUGCUGAGCAAUUCUGCGGCAAGCUGACAUGGCAACGGAAGGUCCGGCAGCGGCGGGUGCAGUGGCGCAAAUCGUGGGUCGACUGGGACACAUCGAGCCCUUUGACGAGUCCACAAGCGACUGGCCGUCGUACGAGGAACGCUUGUCGUCGUUUCUUCAGGUCAACCGUAUCCCCGAGGACGACAAGAUUCGGAGUGCCGGAGAUGGUGGUGUCUGACAAUGGACCACAACUGGUGUCCGAAGAGUUCAAGGCGUUUAUGCGGAGACUCGGGGCCAGACACGUCGUGAGCGCUCCUUAUCACCCAAGCACAAACGGUCUGGCGGAGCGUUUCGUGCAAACGUUGAAGUCUGCUCUACGCAAGUCAUCUCCCGAACACCGUCACAACAUGCAGCUGGAGGACACUCCUCCUGCAAGAGAGCCCAGCAGUAACGCGCCUCCCCAGGUUCCGACAGUUCUUGAGCCGACAGUUCACCCGCUUGCCGAAGGAAGCGCCUCGGAGAAGGAAUCGCCGGGUAUAGAAGAACACCCCAUUAAAGAUUCAGCUGAAGGACUCCGUUCCUGCACAAGAAGCCAGCCGUGACGCGGCUCCCCAGGUUCCGUCGUUUGGGCAGACAUCUAGGAAAAGCUCUGUCCCGGGCACAGCUGCUGAGACUGUUCGCAACUCGCCCUGUACAAGUAACCAGUGCAGUCAUCCCGACGCUUGGAGGAAAACCAAGAGGCUCAAGGCAAAACUGCGAAAACAGCAGGAUUUGAACCGGAGGCUACAAAGAAGACUGCAGAGGCAGCGUCAAGCCCUAACGAUUGAGGAAUUCAUCCGGAGCGUUUGCUCACACGUGUCUCCAGCCGUUGCUGCACUUGUGGAGGCUCAGCUGAGGAUGAACAAUGUGAGCCGGUUUGGUCGCCGAUGGUCAAGCCAAAACAAAUCCUUUGCCUUAGGGCUCUACUUCCAUAGUCCGAAGGGUUAUACGUACUGCAGGCGACUUCUUAGGCUGCCAUCAGUGCGAUCCUUGCAGCUAUGGCUUCAGCGUGUGCCACUAAGGGCUGGGUUUUUCCCGGAAAUCUUUGAUCUUAUAAAGAGACGAGCGACUAGCUUUUCCACGAGUGAAAGAGCCUGCUGCAUUGUUUUCGAUGAAAUGCACAUUAAAAAGGAACUUUCCUACAACCCAUCGCAUGACAGGUUUGAAGGUCUUGAAGAAUAUAAUGGUGUUCAUGGCAAUAACCUCUGCAACAAGGCUCUUGUCUUUAUGGCAAAAGGAAUCCGAACGGCCUGGAAACAACCACUUGG